AGGUCAUAGCUCCUGCUGUAACAGGCACGCUGAAUGUGUUGAAAGCUUUCUAUGAGACAAAAGUUAGGCGAGUUGUGGUGUCUUCAAUUGUAGCCGUGUCCAACAAUCCUAACUGGCCUAAGGGAUUGGUACUACCUUUCCAAAACUCUGGCAGAACGUGAGGCUUUUGCUUAUGCAGCUAAGACUGGGCUGGACGUUGUAACUAUUUGCCCAUCACCGGUAAUUGGACCCUUGAUGCAAUCUACAGUAAAAUCGAGCAGUAAAAUCCUCCUUUGUUUAAAAGGAGAUCGUGAAACUGCUGAAAAUAGACUCAGAAAUCUAGUGGAUGUUCGUGAUGUUGCUGGUGCUCUUCUUUUCACAUAUGAAAAACCAGAGGCAUCUGGACGAUACCUCUGCAAUUCACACUCAAUAAAAGUAUCUGAUAUGAUAAACAUAUUGCAGACCUUGUACCUGACUUACGCUUAUCCCAAAAACUUUGUGGAAGUGGAAAACAACAUUACCUACAGUUCGGAGAAACUUCAGAAGCUAGGGUGGACCUUCAGGUCUGUCAGAGAAACACUACGGGACAGCGUCGAAUCCUACAGAGGAUUCGGCAUCCUGAAUUGAGCAUCCAACUGGGACCACUUCGUAUGUUGUUACUUCCAACCUCUUCCUGGUUCUGUAAACAGUGGAGCUGAACUUCCAACAUAGAUUCAUGUAAAUAGUGAAACAGAACAUGUCGGUGAAGAUUCAACAAGGGAAUGAUGUGGGGAACAAGAGGUUCAGCACCAUAUUUUUUAGACUGUUUUAUCUGUGUGCGUUUUGGACCAAAACAAGUAGCCCAAUGCUGGCAUUAAAAAGAAAAGUUUGUCCAAUGCUGACGAUAUUAUGGCUUGUGGCGUAUUAUCAUUGCCAGAACUGUACUAUUAUGCACGUGUACUAUCAUGCACUGAUGCCAUACCUGAAGUAAGCAAACGCUGCGAAUGAUCUCUUACAGGCUGAGUGACAGACCGUACGUGCACCGCGGUGCUACAAAAACGCCAGCGGCCAGAUGCGUGCGGUGUUCAAUCCAAGAAAAAAGCAUUCAAGAAGGGACGUUCAAUGGAGGCC